UUUUUCCGUUGGAGAACUUCAUUGGCUAAAACAUCGUUGUCUCGCCACCUCACCUGACAAUUCCUUGUUCAGCGUGGUGUGUUGAUCUCAGGCUUUUGUUGAAUGUUUGGCAUGUAAAUAUCGAUCCUGUCUCAUGUAAUUUUCUGUUCAAACCAAUUAAUACAUAGCAGCAGGCCAGUACAACUGAAACGUACGUCCCAGUUGGAGGAAAAUGAAAGUCCGAUGUGACGUCUUGUUCUUCUUUGGUUGAACAGCAGCUUCAAUUUUUUUCUUUCCUUCAGUUCCACAGCCUUGAACUAGGUCCAACUCUCUGCAUAUUUUCUGUUUAUUUCAUCCUAUAUAGGUCCCUUGCGAACCAUAGCAGCAAGGUAGAAAAGAUCCACACCACUUAAACAGACCGAUAUGAAGAUACUGAGCUUAACGACCGUCACGUCAAUGGCUCUGCUGUUGCUUCCAACAGCAAACUGCCAACAACAACAACAAACUUUUCUUUCACCACAAGAGCCCACUUACCAACAACCUAAUGGUCUCGAAUUACAUGGCAACUUUCUCCAUAUAACCGACAUGCAUCCUGAUGCUUGGUAUCGCAUUGGAGGAUUGGUAGACUCGGCAUGUCAUGACAAACCUCGGAAGAGGAAGGACAAGGGCAAGGAAUUGGCAGGACCUCUUGGUGUAUCUCAAUCCGACUGUGAUGCGCCGUUUGGAUUGUUAGAAGCAACUCUGGACUGGAUAGGUAGAGAAUGGAAGGACAAAAUUGACUUUGUAAUUUGGACUGGUGAUAAUGCAAGACACGACUCCGAUAGCAACUUACCUCGAACUCGCAAGGAGAUCUACCAGCUAAAUCAAAGAGUGGCGGACCUCAUGGAAAAAACCUUUGGUUUCAAUCCGGCUGAUGGUCCUGACCAACAUUACGUUCCAAUUGUUCCUUCCUUUGGUAACAAUGACUGUUAUCCACAUAACAUUUUUUACGAAGGUGGGCCAACAAAUCCUACCAUCCGCCGAUUUUUGGACAUAUGGAGACCGUUUAUACCAUAUGAUCAGUUGCACACAUUCCAGUCAGGCGGAUAUUUCGCAGUAGACGUCAUUCCUGGAAAAAUUCGCGUACUAGCUCUCAACACGCUUUAUUUCUACAAUUCCAAUGCCGCAGUGGAUGGUUGUGAUACGCGUGGUGAUCCCGGCAGAGUUCAUAUGGUUUGGCUGGAUACACAGUUGGAAUUGGCACGUCAGUUGAAGCUUAAGGUACACAUCACCGGUCACGUCCCACCUCGACCAAAGGCUUACUACAGCAGCUGUCUCCGAGAAUAUACGCGCAUCGCACAAGAGUAUAGCGACAUUAUUGUUGGUCAUUGGUAUGGCCAUGUUAACAUGGAUCAUUUUGUUCUCUUGGACGAGAAGGAUGAUGAGGAAGACUCAGACGACUUUUUGAACAGCAAAGAGGAGGAUGUGAAUGUUCUUAAGAACAUUCCUAAAUAUUUAGAAGACCUACACCGUCGAUACAGACGAGGAGUCAAACCCAAUGCCAGCGAACAGGUAGUCAUCAACAUCUCACCCCCCGUGCUACCCGUAUAUCUUCCCACCUUCCGAAUUGUUCAUUACAACGUUGACGACAUUGAAUCACCUGCAUUUGGAGAUCUUCACGGGUAUUCACAAUACUUUUCCAAUGUCACUUAUUGGAAUAAGCAUCAACCAAAAAAGCUUCCAACUCCACUAGACGGAGAAGAAAGUGUAAAGCUUAAAAAGAGAGAUGAAGAUGAUCUUACAGCCAAUGAUGAGCAAAGCCCAGAUGAUACGCUUGACGAAGAUGCUUUCAAAAGAAAAAAGCCUGUUCACAACAAGAAAAAGCCCAAGAAGCCAAAGCAAGGUCCCAUGCCUUAUCUUGAAUUCGCGCUCGAGUACACCACCGAGAAGGAUCUCGGUAUGAAGGAUCUUAGCAGAGACAGCUGGGUUGAUCUUGCCCGACGAUUGACUCGAAAAGGCAAAGAAAGCGAAAAGUUUUGGCGAUCCUACGUCGAUAACAUCUUUGUUCAGACUAUGCGAAACAAAGAGUUAUAAUUGUACAGUCAGUACAAAUCAAUCUAUCUAUCUAACAAGUGUUUUU